CCUCCAAAAUGGCGUCCAAGUUCAAGCCUCCAGAUCGACACGGAGACCUCCUUCAAUCCGAAGCUAUCGAGCGGUGGGGCCUCAUGAGGGAACGCACAUUCGACACAUUCAGAGUGACACCCAAGACUGCAUUUUACGGCUUCGUGUUUGGCCUUCUAGUACCAGCAGGAAUAUACUCUCUACUCACGUGGCACAAGAAGCGACAAGACAGACUAGACGGUAAACCGGAGAGGAAAUAUUUCUUCUGAUGAUUACACUUGUAAAUAGCUCAGUUAUAUUGUGAACGUAAAAGUAAACGGUUUACACAAGUAUCAGAGCAUGUACGAAGGAGGUCUAAACGUUUAAAGUCCA